AUGUUACCCAGUUCUGCUCAGUCUCCGGACUGGCUUUACUCCGAGCCGCUGCUGUUCGACGAGGACUUCUGCCAGACCCUGAUGAAAGACCUCCAGUCCCUGCCCACCCCCCCGCAGUCCCCCCCCAUGAAGGCCGGGCUGGGCGAGGGCAAGCCGCUCUCCCAGGAGGACCAGCUGAGCUACGUGUCGGACAUCCUGCUGGAGGACCAGGACAUGCAGCAUCUGGGCUGGACGUCCGACUUCUUCCACUCAAAGGAGGAGGAUGAGGAGGAGGGGGAGGUUGAGGGGGGGGCCGGGGGGGAGGACUGCCUGUGGCAGUGCCUGGUGACGGACCGCAGCCUGGAGGAGAAGCUGGUCUCCUCCAUGCUGGGCUGCAGCCCCCUGCUGUCCGACAUCGACACCAGCAUCUUCGAGGAGAUCGCCGGCUCCACGCUGGACUGCCAGAACCUGCUGGCCGCCGCCGCCGCGCAGGACGCCGGCGAGGCCACGUCCGACUACGGCUCCACCGGGGGCGAGAUGUCCACAUACUCGUCCAGUGACUCCGAGGAGGAGAUCGACGUGGUGACGGUGGUGCGGUGCCCCUCCCGCCUCUCGCCCUCGCCGUCCGACUCCUCGUCGGCACGGAAACGGCGCCAGCAGCAGCUGGAGGAGGAGCAGCGCGCCCUGCAGCGCCACAGCUUCGAGAUCCAGCUGCAGCACAACUACGCCGCGCCCUGCCCCGCCUCGCUGCCACCCCCCCCCUCCUCCAAACGCUCGCGGGGGGGCGACCCACGCCCGCACCACGCCUCCCGCAGCUCCUCCUGCUCCUCGUCCUCCUCCUCCUCGCGGUACCACCACCACCACCACCACUCGUCCAGGAACUCGGCGGAGACGGAGGACGAGGAGGAGCGGCGGCGGACUCACAACGUGAUGGAGCGCCAGCGCCGCAACGAGCUGAAGAACUGCUUCGUGCGGCUGCGCGACAACGUGCCCGAGCUGUCGCACAACGACAAGGCCUCCAAGGUGGUCAUCCUCAAGAAGGCCCGGGACUGCAUCUACGGCCUGGAGGGCGAGGGCCACCGGCUGCAGAGCCGCAGGGACAAGCUGAGGGCCAAGCAGCAGGAGCUCAGGGCCCGGCUGGAGGCGCUGCGCAGCUAG